GUAAACAAGUGAGUAUUGUUCAUCGGGAUGAAGAUGAAUAAUGAAUAGUAGUUAUAAAAAGUAGAGCAUCAACACAAAAUAGAGUUUGAGUUAGGUAAAAGUUAAAUUUUACUUAAAAAGUUUUACACAUUCCACAUUACGUAUGCCUGAAAGUUUGGCUAACGCACGUGACGUGCUCCUCGAUAUCGGCGGGCUUAAUUUUCAAUUUUCACAUCAACAGUGCAUCAAAUAAGUUGCCUUAUUUACAAUAUAUUUUUGAUCAAGAUGGAAUCUGAACUUGAAAAUUCUGUGGACAGCCUGAUACGGGUGAGAGGGGUAAUAGGAGUCUUGUGUGUGAAUGACGAAGGGCUUGCACUUGCAGUGGAAGGUUCAGCAUCAGAAGUACAUGCUGGUAUAAUAUCGGGGAUUGCUCAAGAAGCUGAGAAACUCUAUCCUGAUAUUGAUGAAUCACCUGUUAUUGUGUUGGAAUCAGAUACUUGUAAUUUGCUGAUCAGAUCCUAUGAAAAUGCAACCACUGGCAUUUACAAGGUGCCAUCCUAAGCAGGAUGUGUUUCCUACAGCAAGAAAUCAUUUAUAAGUCCAUUACACGUUGAACCAACUAGUUUCCUAAUGAUAUUGACUUUAUAUCCAAUUUGAUUGUUAAAGAAAAUUGUAAAAUAUUGAUUUGGUGCAAAAUGUUGGAAAAAAAUAUUCUGGUAGAUGUAAACAUUUACGUACGCAUGACUAUUUUUCUACAAAGAAGUCCUUGUCAAAAAAACAA